UGACCAAAACUCUUUUGUUUUACAUUAUGUUCGAGACGGUCACUUAUCACAGCUCUGACAGUGGGUCUUCGGAUUUAUGGUCAAACACUUUCAAUUUAUCAAUGGAUGAAAUGAAUGGAAUUGGACUAAAUCCCUUAUCGUUUGGAAUGCAUCCCUUAUCAGCUGGAAUAAAUCCAAACGAGUUUCCAGUGAACAUAAAAAUGGAACCUCAUGAAAACUUUUAUAUAAAACAGGAACCCUACCAACAUUUUCAAAUAAAACAGGAACCUCCUGAUGAAUUUCAUCAAUGGACGCCAAACCCCUGGAAUAAUCAAUUAAAAAUGGAAUGUGAUAUGGGUAAUUUGGUUCCGAUAAAACAAGAAAUUCCCCAUAAGUUUCAAAUAAAACAAGAACUAGGAAAUCCAGUGUCUUUAAAAUUGGAAGUUGCCGAAAAUAAACCAAUUCGACGUACGCAAUCGGUUACCUCAACCUACACAGAAGCUUCUAGAAUAUCAGUAGUGCAGUCAAUCAGGAUGUCUCGUCGUGGGAAUUGGAAUAGAGCGUUUUACAAAAAUAACAAUUACAGGGGCAGACCACAAGGUUUGCGCGGUAAAAAUAUUGGCCUUUAUUACAGAGACCUGCAAAUGAAAAAAAAUAAAAACAAGGAUCAAGACUUCAUGAUCAAUUUUGCUAUUCCUCCUGGAAUAUUAAAUAGCUUACAGAAAAACAUAGAAUCCAUUAAAAAAAUUGCCAAAGAGUGCAAUAUCAACAUACAGCCACCAAGGCGCAUGAACUUGGUUAAAAUAAAACAAGAACAGCCAUCUGAAUAUGAAUGUGCAAAUCAAGUUGAUAAUUUCGCUGUGAAUAACUUUAUGAAGUUACAUAGAGAAACAAGUUCUUUUGAGAGACCAGGCACUUCAUUCAGCAGUAAUGUUGUGGAACCAAUGAACCAAGAGUCGGAGACUGUCAGAGCUAUUAUUAAAGCUGAACCAACAAAUGAAACUGAGGUAGCACAAUCUAGUCAUUCCAGUGAUAUACGAAUGAGUGCUCUGCAAGGAGCAGGAGAUUACAAGUAUGGUUACGCAGACAUUAUCACUGGAACAUUUGAAGAAAAACUUGAACAAUGUAUCUCAAAGGGUAUUAUUAUAACCAUGGAAAAUUCUGCCACCCAAACUUUGAACACAACCUUCUAUGAAAACUACAAAAAUAUGAUAAACUCUAAAACUUACAAAAAGAUGAAGGUGUUCAGAGAAAUAUUGCCAACUUACAAAAAGUCGAAGGAAUUAUUAGAGGUGAUAAAUAACAAUCAAGUGGUUGUAAUUAGUGGUGAGACUGGAUGUGGAAAGUCUACACAGAUUCCACAGAUAAUUUUAGAUGAUGCAAUCGUCAAUAACCGAGGUUCUAAAGUCCAUAUACUAGUCACACAGCCGCGACGUAUUGCAGCCUCUUCUUUGGCAAUGAGAGUUGCUGAAGAAAGAUCUGAACGUGUUGGUGAAUCCAUAGGAUAUGCUGUAAGAUUGGAGACUGUGGAGCCUAGGCCGCGCGGUAGCAUUAAGUUUUGUACGACGGGUAUUUUACUAGCUGAGCUGGAAGUCAAUCAGGGUUUGACUAACUAUAGUCAUGUGAUACUUGAUGAGGUGCACGAAAGAGACUGCCAUAUUGACAUAUCUAUGUUGAUGUUGAAACAGGUGCUCAAAAAACGCAAAGAUCUCAAACUUAUUCUUAUGAGUGCUACAAUAGAUGCUGAAAAGCUGCAGUCUUAUUUUGACGACUGUCCAAUGAUGCACAUUGAAGGAUUAGCUUAUCCUGUACAAGAUAUUUAUCUAGAAGAUAUUCUAAGCUUAAUUAAGUAUAUCCCACCUGUAAACCAGGGUAAUAACCAAAAUGUUAAGAUAUGGCAAAGGCAGAAAAUGAAGAGACAAGAAGCUGAAAUGCAAAGGGAUAUACAGUAUAAAGCUGAAAUUGCUCCAUGGCUCGAAUCUAUAAGAAAGAAUAUAAGUCGAGAUGUUUAUGUAGCACUUCAAGAUAGCAAAAUUGAGGAUUUGAACAUCGAUCUCAUUUACGAACUGUUAGUCUAUAUUUGUAAAGACGCGCCCGGCGCUGUGCUCAUAUUCCUGCCAGGAAUAGGCGAUAUAACGAAAUUGUUGAAGAAAAUUAAUACGAGUAAUUUCUUCCCCAAGUCCCUUUAUGAUAUCUAUCCUCUUCAUUCUAAGUUGCCAUCUUUGGAACAACACAAAAUAUUCCAGCGUCCGCCAGAAAAUGUGAGGAAGAUAAUCCUAGCAACAAAUAUAGCUGAAACAUCUAUAACUAUAGAUGAUAUUGUAUAUGUUAUUGAUUGUGGAAAAAUAAAGUACAGUGGACUUAAUAUAGAAGACAAUAUCCCUACUUUACAAACUGAGUGGGUUUCUCAAGCGAAUUUGCGACAGCGUCGUGGUCGCGCCGGCCGUUGCCAGCCUGGGGUAUGUUACCACCUCGUAACGUCAUUCCGCGCCAGCAAGCUAGCAGAGCGCCUCCUACCUGAAAUACAGAGGAACUCGCUAGCUGAACCCGUGCUCGCUAUCAAACGACUGCGCUUGGGCAAGGCUGUGGAUGCUAUGAGUAUGAUGCCCUCGCCACCUGCUGUUACUACAACCGAGAGGGCUGUUAAGCAUUUGUUUCAGAUUGGAGCACUUAACAGUGAAGAAAAACUAACCCCUCUAGGCUGGCACUUAGCGCGACUACCCGUGCACCCCGCCGCCGGCAAGCUGUUGCUGUUAGGAACUAUAUUCGGGUGUCUCAACCGCGCGGCCAGUGUGGCGGCCGUGUGGGGCUUUAAGGACCCCUUCCAACUUGUUAUUGGCAAAGAAAAAGAAGUAGAUGAAGCCAAACGCACUCUCGCUCUCGGCGAGCCAAGUGACCACGUGGCUAUAUCCGAAGCCAUCAUACAAUUCGAGCAAUGCCGCUCCUACCAAGAAAAACGCAACUUUGCCUACGAAAACUUCCUAGCAUUCAACACUCUAGAACUUCUAUGUGACAUGAAGAAACAGUUUGGCGAUAAUCUGAAGCAGAUGGGAUUUUUGCAAAGGGCUGAUGUUACAUCCGAUUGGGAGAAUAGGAAUAUGAAUAACAUGAGCCUCUUCAAAGCUAUCAUUGCCGCUUCUUUGUAUCCUAAUAUUGCUACUGUAGGAUGGCGACAAUCUCACGGGCGCAAUCCGCAAUCCCAGCCUAGACUGAAAGUUCGUACAUCUGAAGAUGGGCCCAUAGCCAUACACCCAAGUAGUGUGAUGGCGUACAAAAUGCACGGGGGUCAAAGGUUCCCGAUGCAACCGGCUUGCAUCACGCCAGGAGCCAAUUGGCUGGUCUACUGGCUCAAGCAGAGGUCAUCUGACCUCUUCCUCAUUGAUGUCACCCUGAUAUACACGCUACCGUUCCUGUUUUUCGGUGAAUUGGUGGUUUCUGAAGCACCGGACCCAUCAGACUACUGCGUUAUGAUAUCGAAUGUCAAAGUUAACUGCAAGAAAACCACUAUGGAUCUUCUGUGGCAAAUGCGGUCUUUAUUAGACCAAGUUUUAGCUUCCAAAAUUGGUGACUCAAGCAAACAAGCCACGCUUAGAAAUCCCUUUGAAAAUCAAGUAUUUGAUGCUGUCAUGGAGUUAAUAACUGCUGAAGAUGAACGCGCCGAGUAUAUCGCCGAUGAUGAUGAUUCAGAAUCCGAUACUUCCGAAUUUUACUCCAGCAGAUAUUCUUGGCGACGUUGA